GACACCAUUAUCCAAAAAAUUUAAAUGUUGAGAAAAGUAUUAAUACAUUCCCUGUAACUGAUGCAUAUAAAAGAUAUAAUGUGAAACUUUUUAUAAACCUGUAUCAUUGCAUUAUUUAUUUAUAAUGAAUUGUUGAUAUUUUUGUCAUUAAAUUGUCAUCAAUAUCAAUUAUGAUGCAGCAGGGUUGUAUCCCCGGCAACGCAACGAUGUUUCUGCUCCACACAAGUGGGUAAUUGCUUAAAAUCUAGUGUAAAAGUGUUUCAAUUUUUCAAAGAAAAAAAAAACAGCAAAAGAGCAGAAAAAAAAUUUUAUUUCCUUCUGACACGACUUUAACUACUGGUUUCAUGCUACAAAAAAUUUAUGAAUGAUAAUUACCACGUUUCUUUUGACGAAGAUAAAUUAAAACUUUGCUUGAACUCUCAACAAAACUAUUUAAAAGGCUGGUAUUAAUAAGGGUAGAAGAAUGGCGAAGAAAAAUGUUCCAGCAGCUUUGCAGAUUGAAGUUAAUAAUGAUGAAGAAUGGGCUAAAUUUUUGGAGAAAAAAGGUCUUCUAGUUGUGGAUGUCUAUUCAGAUUGGAGUGGACCGUGUACUGGGAUGGUGAGUAUUUUGAAGAAGAUUAAAAUGGAAAUUGGAGGAGAUUUACUUGUGUAUGCAACGGCUAAAUGUGAUAAUAUUGCUGAUCUUGCACGAUUCAGAGGCAAAAGUGAACCUACAUGGAUGUUCAUUCAAGAUAGUAAAAUGGUAAACUUAAUGUUCGGUGCAUACUGCCCAGAGCUUCAGAAAAUGCUGACUGAUGAAAUUCAUCGUGUUCAAAAUAAUGAACCACCAAUUUUUAGUAUUCCAGUAAGUGAACCAAGUCCAGAAGAACAAAAACGUCUACAGAUUCUAGAGGAAGAACGUCUAGCCAAGGAAGCAGCAAAAAAAGCACAGAAAGAAGCAUUGAUAAAAUCUCGAUACGAAGCUGAAAUAAAUCAUUUUACAGAAUCUUUAAAAGAUCAAACAUGUUUAAUAUUAUAUCCUUGGGUCUUUAAAGAUGAAGAAGGUCAUAGACGGGAUAAAAAAAGUAGUCCACCUUAUAUUGAUUUAAUUGAAAAUAUUCUUCCAAAUAAUUUUACAGUAGAACAGGAAUUACGUAAAAAUUUAAACGAAGAAUUAAUCAUGGAAAUUUUGAAUGAAUCUGGUUGGGAAAUAGAUAAAAAUGUUCAAGAAAUUAUGAUAGACGGAAAAUGUCUAUUUAUGAGAUUAAAAAUGUGUGACAAUGUCAAAGAAAUUGAAGUGGAAAAGCAUCUUUUAAAUUUGUUAUUCAAUGAACCUAAACUUCCUGCUUUAACAGAUGAACUUCAACCAGAUUGUUUCGCCGAACGACAUAAACCAGCAUUCAUCCUAGCCGGUAAAGAGUCUUGGACUUUUCCAGUUGUUUGGGCCACACCAAAUUCAAUGAAUAAAAUUAUAAUAUUUAAAGCAAUGUUCAGAAAAUACCUCGAUACAACAUUUCCGUAUGAAGACAAAACAGAUACUACACCGAUCAUGGUUUUCAAGUAUGACAGUACAAGAAAGAGUGAAUUAAAAGUUGUCUUGGAAAUGCAAGAAUCUGAAGUUGUACAUUUUGGGAUUUUUGAAAGAGAUAAGCCACCGGAUGCUAAACUAAUUGCCACCAGCAUUGAUGAAUAUGAAGAAAAAGUUGAAGAAAAGACGGGGUAUGAGGCUUUUGUUUGUGUCGUAAAAAAAGUGGGAUCUGAAGCUUUUCUUACCUUUGCUGGUAUUGGUCCUUAUCAUGUCAGUGAAAAUCCAGAAAUUGCGAUAGAAGAAUCCAAAUCAUAUUUCCCAGAUGUAACACUAGUAGAUGAUCAAUCUGAUGAUGAAGAAAAAGCAGAAGAUGCAGAAGGUGGUAAUGCAGAAGCAGUACAACCUGAUGAACAGCAAAGUACAGGAAAAUGAGGUAAUCAAUGAGCUGAUGUAGAAAAAAAGUGUAAAUAAAUAAGAA